GUUGUGAAAGAAGUAAGAAGGUUGCAAGUCGCCUUGGAACACAUCUUACAAGAAAACUUAGUUGAACUGGAAGAACACGAUGACAUCGCUCAACAACACGUCUGUUGUCAGUGGAACUUCUGAAGACUACGGAGUGAUCCAAUACCAGGAAACUCUACCCCUGCGUAUUUUUCGUCAUACCUUGUUUACACUGAUCAUCUUGGCCAGCUUGAUCGGUAACUCGGUCGUUUGUAAAACAAUUUGGAGAGCGCCUCACCGCAAGCCGUUUUCAUACCAUCUCGUUGCCAACAUGGCCUUUGCAGAAAUCGUCAACUCUCUCUGCUUACCGAUCAUGUACGUCUGGCAGUAUGAAAAAGGACACAAGAAUGUUGUCAUCCACGAUAUCUGGUGCGUUGACAAUCCCAUCCAAGUUAUUUCAUUGAUGGUAGUAACUCAUUCGCUGGCAGGGCUCGCGUUCUACCGCUACCGAGUACUCAUCAACCCCAUCCAAAAACAUGUAUCUGGGAAAUUGAAGACUGUGAUCUUUUCCUGUUUGUGGCUUGUUCCUACUGCUGUCUGUGUGCCCAUAUUCAUUCGAAACAGGUUCGUAGGUGGCCAUUGUGAAUUGCAUCCUGUUGGGAAUGUCUAUGCCUUUUCGCUCGUGUUAUUCACCCUGAAUUAUGUCCUACCCUACUUGGUCAUGCUAGCAUCUUACGGAGCGGUAGCGUGGAACCUAAGACAGCGAAUCGGCCAAAACACCUCCUAUGCUCGCAGUAAGUCGAUCAUCCCUUCCUCAGCUGCACCCCUAGAACUCCACACCAACUAUCGGAGGAGAGAAACUACGACGCCAGAAGAACACCGACCAGGCCCAGUCUUAAUAGACGUGAAUAACCGUGGAUGUACCAAGCCAGAAAACACCACUGACGCCGAGCAAGAUUUACUGAAGAUGAUAUUUGCAAUAAUUCUAAUAUUUGUGAUUUGUUAUUUCCCAUAUCAAGCCGUAUUUUUGUGGGAAACAUUAGCUGAUGUAAAAGAGUGGAAAUUUCGGUAUCAUAGCCUAAUGCUAAAGUAUAGUUUUAUAUUAAUUUGUUUGCCAAGUGCUUUGCAUCCUGUGUGUUACGGAACAAUGAACAGCUUUUAUGCUAAGGCAUUCUCGAAGAUGUUUCUUUGCAAAUCCUAAAAUCCUAACCAUGUUUCUUUUUAUUUCUUUUGGAGUAUGAUUUAAAGAAAGUUUUAUUUUUAAUAGCUGAAUAAAGGAAGACAAGUAAGAGACUUUAAAUCAAGUGGAAAAUAAAACAGCAGCGCUAUCCCGUAAUUCACCCGAAAAAUAUAUAAAAAUAUAAACCAUAACACUGAUAUCAUUGAAAGAACGUUAAAUCAAUAAAGGAUGAAAUGUUAAAGUUCGUCUAAGGGUACCAAGAUCAACAGAGAUUAAAAUUGAAAACUGUUAAUUAGUUUUUCCGUUGUAAGGAGAGAUUUCCCAUGUAUUCCUUAUUUGAUUUGAAUUUCAUAUCUAGCUUUUAAAUAUUCCAUUUGAAGUUGUGUUAGCCGUAAUUUACAUUGAAUUUGCAUUGAGUUGUAUUAGUUCCCUUAAAUUAUACACAUUUUACUUCAAUGUUUACUUUUAAAGGGAUAAUUUGUUCUGGAUAAUUAUACAGCCUAAUUAGUCACUGAAUAACUGGAUCUUUCGCCUGUUCAAAUACCAACCGUUCGUAGUUUUCAGUUUUGACAUUUUGAGGGAUCCUGAGCA